CUGCCGCGGGAGGAGCUGGCUCCGCCCCCCGCGGCGUUCUCGGGUCCCGGGGCCGCGUCCGGCCGCGCUGCGGGGGGUCCGGGCAUGGCGCUGGCGCUGCGCCUCCUGCUGCCGCUGCUGGGGGCUGCAGCCCUGCCGGGGGCCCGAUCCCGCCUGCACUCCAGGCGUGUAUUGGACACGGUGGUGUCGGAGCCCGGCCCGGGGCUGCCCUGGUACAGCCGUGUUGUGUACGUGGACGAUCAGGUCAUCUACGUCUACACCAGCGGGAUGCAGAGGGCGGAGCCUCGCACAGCGUGGAUGGCGGAGAACGAGGGUCCGGAGUUCUGGGACGAGAGGACCUGGUGGGCACAGCGCCACCAGAAGUGGUUCAAAGCGAGUCUGAACACCCUGGGUCAGCUCUACAACCAGAGCGAGGGGUUUCACAUUAUCCAGAUGAUAUACGGCUGUGAUCUCCGGGAAGACAACACCACUUGGGGGUUUUACCAGGAUUCGUAUGAUGGACGAGACUUCCUUACCUUCGAUAAGGAGACCAUGACUUUGGGAGCAGAAGAUAUUGGGGCUCAGAUCACUAAGAGGAGAUGGGAUGCUCAAGUAUUUGACAACCAGCAGUGGAAACAUUACCUGGAGGAGAGAUGUAUUCCCUGGCUAAGGAAUGCUCUAGAGUACGGGAAGGAGACUCUGCAGAGGAAAGUGCGCCCAACAGCUAGAGUGAGCGACAGGUCAUCUCAUGAUGGCCUCACCACCCUCUCCUGUAAGGUCAGUGGGUUCUACCCCCGGGACAUCACCGUGACCUGGCUGAGAAAUGGGGAGAGCAGACAGCAAGAGACCUACUCUGAAGGCAUCCUACCCAGUGGGGACGGGACCUACCAGACCUGGGUGACAAUGGAGAUUGAUCCCAAGAUCAAAGGCCAUUAUUCAUGUCACGUGGAGCAUGAAAGCCUGUUAGAGCCACUCUCCGUCUCCUGGGAACCAAAUAACAAUCUGAUUCCCACUGUGGCUGGAGUUAUCACUGCAGCUGUCCUGAUUGGUGUUAUAAUCGGAGUAGUCGUCUGGAAAAAGAAACGCCCAGGGAAGAAGGGAGAUGGCUAUGCUGUAGCUCAGGCAAACGACCAAGGAUCUAGUGGCUCUGACCUAUCUGCCAAGGCUUAACUGAGCCUGGUGGAGUCCGUGCCACGGCCUGAGGGGACCCCCGAGAGAAAGACGGAUGAGCUCUGCUCUGUCUCCCUACAAGAACCAGUCAACCCCUCCCUAGCUUUUCUCUGGCAAUUGGAGGGUCCCGUGUGGGAUUUCUGGCCUCGUCUCUCUGCUCACUGAACCAUGUUUUGCUUUUCAGGUGUCAUAGUUUUCUGUAAUAAUGUUUUAUUUGCACAAAAUAAUUUCCAACAUUUUAAUGGAUAAAAUCUCUGUUAGAGUUCAGUGUUUGCCCCAUUCAGUGUGGGCACGCCGUCCUCUGGCUGCGCGGUGCGGUGAGCUAGGUCUGUCAGCAGUAACUGCUUGUGCAUCUGUGGUGGGGACGGCUUUUUUUUCUGUCGAAUUUCAUGAUUAUAACACGGUAAAUGGCCGGGUCUACUCGCAGCUGGUCGCGCUGUUGCCAUCAUCAGCUGAGGACGUCUGUUGGACAGGAAUAAGUGUCUGCGUUUAGUUUGUAAGUGCCUCUAAUGUCCUUUUCACCAUUCAUAGAGCCAUAGAAAUGCUGGGCUAGAAGGGCCCUCAAUAGAUCAUCAAGUCCAGCCCCGAUCUCAGGCAGCACCAAGUUAACCUAGACCAUCCCUGACAGGUGUUUGUCCAACCUGUCCUUAAAAACCUCCAACGACGGGGAUUCCACAUCCUCUCUAGGCAACCUGUGUGACGAAGUGGGGUAUUUUCCUAACGUUGCGUAUGUAUACUGUGUGCCUCAGUUUCCCCCGUGUGCUGCAUGUCUAACCCAGGUGGGAGGUGGGGUGUCUGCUGUUGUAGAGGACCAAGUGUGACCCAGUCUAGCAGCCUGGACCCCAGACCAUGGCCUGGGCACUUUGUAACUUAGCGACUGAUGACCUGAAGGCCCAUCCCAACUUGGAGCCAGCCAGUUAUGGGCAGCGGAGAGAACAAAGAGCUGAAGAGAGAGUCACCUGGAGACCUGUUUGCCCGGGAAAGAAGACAGAUGGAAGUGGGGCCUUGGAGGUGAUAUGGGGUGGGCCGCAGAAAGGAGGAUUCACUUCUGGUCUGGGAACAAAGAGCGGCCUGAGCCCACCUGGAUGGGGACAGACCCUGAUGAACGCCCCUGAGAAGGUCUUGUAAUCUGCUCCAGACGUACAAUAAACCCUUCUGUGCUGCGCUGGCUGAGAAUCGCUGCAGGCUCAAGAGAGGCAGGCAUGCUGGAGGCUCAGACGGGCGGUACUGGGAGGCGGAGGAGAAGCCUACAGCUUAAACCCUGAGCAAAGAGUGUGACCUCAUGUAGGCUCAAUACUCUGAAAGGCCGGUUCAUACGGAGCCAAGAGGGCACUGGCCUGUGAGUCUGUGACAACCUGUCCCACACUGAACUGUCCUUAGAGCUAGAGAGUUUUCCUAAUGUCUAACCUAAAUCCCCCGUCUCCUACUGUCAGUGCACCUGGAGAACACUUGAUCACCGUCCUCUUCAGAGCAGCCCUUAAUGCCGGGGUAGAUAAUUAUUUUUUGUCAAGGUCCAAAUUUCUUGGUCAAGAUAUAGCCACGGUCCAGACUCAAGAGAAAUAUUUCUCACACCACAACUGCCCCUGUUCAACGAACACCUGCAGUGCUGUGAAAUGUGCCCAGGGCCUAUAUUGUUUAUAUUCUUAGUGCCUUAAAUGAAAAAUAAAAUCAAGCCAUGGUAUAGCCUAAAAAUAACCUCCAAGAAAGAUAACAAGGAGUCUGGUGGCACCUUAAAGACUAACCGAUUUGUUUGGGCAUAAGCUUUCAUGGGCCCACGAAAGCUUAUGCCCAAAUAAAUCGGUUAGUCUUCUUGGAGACCCCAGGGCAUGGCCACUAGUUAAGUCGAGGGGAUGGAAGGCAAUAAGGGUCGAGGAAGUCUCCCUGCUGAAGGCCGAAGGGCUUCUUCUCAACCCCCCUUAAUAGAAUUCAGGCCUGGCUGGUUUGAGUAAGCUCUUUUGCUCUUAAAACAAUGUUGCAGCCGCAGAUAAUGCCUCAGAGUGUAAGGUUUGCUGACGCCAAGUUAAAGAUAAUAGGAGAGAGAACUACAAGGCCAGGCAGGACGUGCUGGUUGUUUAAGUUGCUAGGAAUGCUUGUUAGCGGUUGCAGGAAGUAAACAUUGUUGUAACCCAGAUAAGGAAGGCAGAGUAUUUGUGUAAAGUUUUAAUUGGCUGAUGUGUAGUGCAGUAGCAUUAAGGAAUAUAAAAGUGUGUGUAAUGACCUGCUCUGGGUGCAGGAUUUGAGAUUCUAUUCUCCCUACACUUUGUUUGCAGCUGCAAAUAAACUUUUCUGCUUCUCCACCCCGUUGUGAUUAUUGAGUGACGCACACCGGGUAACGAACCCCUGCUGUUGUUUGGCCUCUGGGCACUGGGUGCUGGCAACAGUCUUUAAGGUGCCAUCGGACUCCUCGUUGUUUUUGGGGAUACAGGCUAACACGGCUCCCCCCGAUACUUGUCUCCAAGAAAGAUGUAAUUUAUCUGAACCGUUGAGAAAGUGUUUAGAAAAAUGUCAAAUAGAUGCAACUAUUAGCAUUAAAAAUACUUUCAGGCAACAGG